UUCAGCAACAACUUCUAUUUCGUUCUUCUCACAAGUCAAGACGUUGUUAAAACCACACUUCGCAACCGCCGUCGUUGUCGUUUUCCUCCGCCGUCUCGGCCUCUGCCGCCGGCUCCUCCUCCGCCUCCGCAGUCUUUAGGUUUCGCUUCGACUAUAAGCAAUGCCGGCACAGAAGCGUUCUUUCGAAGAAGCUCUCGAAGAGAAUGAAGAGUCUGAGAAUGAGAUAAACAACACUUCGCAACCUAACGAUGAACUCGAAUCGGAUCAAAGACAUUCAUCUGAAAACGAAGAAGAUGAAGAUGAGGAAGAAGAUGAAGAUGAUGACGAAGAAUAUGUGGCUAUAAAAUUGUCAGAUGUACGCAAGGAAGUUCAGUGUCCUAUCUGCCUCGGCAUCAUUCGAAAAACAAGAACCGUAAUGGAGUGCUUGCAUCGCUUUUGCAGAGAGUGCAUAGACAAAUCCAUGCGUCUAGGUAACAAUGAAUGUCCUGCUUGCCGAACACAUUGUGCUAGCCGACGCUCACUGAGAGACGACCCAAACUAUGAUGCUUUGAUUGCUGCUAUCUAUCCAGAUAUUGACAAGUAUGAGGAAGAGGAAUUGGCUUUGCAUGAGGAUGAGAUGACUCGGCAUAAGCAGUUCCAAGCAUCCAUUGCUCAAACGCUACAACGGCAAUCAGAAGCAUUGAGUAAGAAACGAAAUGCCAAAGCAACAGCAGCGGCUUUUAUGAGGAGAUCAAAAGGAAACUAUCGAACUUCACAUCUGAGGCGUCGAAGAAACAUUAGAAAUGCUGGCGACUUUCAGGUAUCAAGUGACAACAAUGGUAUGAAUGAUAAUGAUGGGGAAAAGGACUCAUCUUCAGACGACGGACAGACAGAAACCCAGCCAAGAAGAUGCAAAAAAGGCGCUGAACAAGAAACUCAAUUUCCUCGGCAUUCUGCCUCUACUGAUCCAGAUGGAAUUGGUGAUGAAACUCCUCCAGAAGUACAUAGAGAAAUCAUAAGUGCAUCUGGUACACUUUCCUGGGGGAAAAAUGGUCACCGGAGUCACAGCCGCGUCAAUGGAAAGAAUGCAAAAAACAACCGCAUCUCCAAAUUGGUUGAACAUCUCAGUAGCUUGGCAGCAAAUGGUUAUGAGCUGCCUGUCUUUCUCAAGCUUGUCUCGUUUGAUGAGCAAAGACUGCCAAAUUUGGAGGAGUCAUGCAUUACUUGCAAGCCUACUAUGUCAGUCAAGGAACUUUGCAAGCAUGUUGCAAAUGAAACUGCACUGCCUGCCAAUGAAGUUGAAUUGUUGUUGGUACUAAAGCCACGAGCGAGCAUUGUAGGAGGUGAAAGUACCAUUGGUCCAGACAGAGAUAAUUUACGUGUUCUAGAAGACCAAGAAACAUUGGCUGAAUUGCUGGGAGAUUAUGAAAAUACCAGCUAUGGUUAUCUGGUCAUGGCUUACAAGAGGAAGUUGCAGAAUUCAGACAUUGUUGGGUUAAGCUGAAUGAUGAACAGUCACCCAAAUCCUUCUUUGCCAAGCUCUCAAUUGUACAGAGCUCUAAAAUAUCUCUGUUUUAUUGUAUUCUUUAUUUUAAUACUUUCCCCAAAUUACAGAAAAAGGGGGUGAACCCUAUUUGUUAAGUGCACGGUAAAUUAGAACCACAUGUGUGCAUUUGCCAAAAUGCAGGUUUCUGGGUAGCCGUAUUUAUACCCUGAAAUUGUGUUCACUGUUUAGUAAUCUUUAAAUGUGACCACAAUUGGCUUAUGUUUA